AUGAGAAGAGGAACAAUUCGAAUCAUUAGCAAUGAAAUUUUUCAAAACACACGCAAAUACGCCACGCUCGUUUUUAUUAGCAAUAGAGUGCCGAGAAGUAAGGAACACGUUCCAUUGCUCAGCGAGAAGAAGACGAAUUCGAGAUCGGAGCUGUCUGAAAAAUAUACGCAAAACAUUCAAAGUGACAUUGAGCGCGAAGAGCAGGAUUUGAAAUAUUCGAGUGAGCGAUUCCGGCAGCCGAAAAAGUUGGCGCGCGCCAUUGUUGGUCCGGUGCCGACAGACGUGCGGACCAUUGAGAUUGGAAGGGUUCCGGCGCCCAAUGGGAAACGUUUGGUUUUCAACGAUAUUGAGGCGACGACAAUGAAGAAAGGCGGUGUGAAGCAGCACAUAUUGAAGCGAGUGUCGGGAGUUGCGCGACCCGGCGAGCUCACGUUUAUCAUGGGAUCGAGCGGUGCCGGCAAAACGACGCUGCUCAAUAUUUUGACGGGCCGAAAUUUGAAGAAUAUUGAGACUGGUGGGCAGGUUUUGGUCAACAACCGUCCGAUGAGAGCGUGCGAGAUGAAAAAAAUCAGCGCGUACGUUCAGCAGGACGACGUCUUCAUCGGAAUGCUGACGGUAUCGGAGACGCUUCAUUUUGCGGCGAAACUGCGAUCGCCGAAGCCGUUAUGCGAAGAAGAGCGAGGCGAGAUUGUUGAUGAGCUAUUGGUGAUGAUGGGAUUGAAGAAAUGCGAGAACACGAAAGUCGGAUCGAUGACUGAGAAGAGUCUAUCGAGAGGUGAACGAAAGCGGUUGGCGUUCGCGUGCGAGAUUCUCACCGAUCCGCCGAUUCUGUUUUGCGAUGAGCCGACGUCUGGGUUGGACUCGUUCAUGUCGCAUCAGGUCAUCAAGGCUCUUCGCCAAUUGACGCUUGAGGGCAAAACGGUGGUGUGCACAAUUCAUCAGCCGAGCACACUGGUUUAUCAAAUGGCCGACUCCCUGAUUUUGUUGUCGCAAGGCUAUGUGGCGUAUCAAGGGCCGGCGAGUAGUGUCGACAAAUUUUUCGCGAAAUGCGGCUAUCCGGUGCCGAAAUUUGUGUGUCUUCCCGAUCAUUUUAUGAAGGUUAUCUCGCAGGCGAGCACCGAGAAUGAUGAUCAAUACAAUGAGAGAAUUAUGAAAAUAUGCCACGAAAUGGAAAAAGACUAUCAUCCGUCGACGAAAAGCUCUGGACGAAGCAGCUCGACGAGCAGUUCGGAUGAUGACGACGGCUCCUCAUUCGCAAGAUCGUGGAGCAGUCAAUUUGUCUACAUUUUCCAUCGCUCGCUUAUACAAUUGGCUAGAGAUCGAACAUUGAUUGUUGUGAAAUUGAUACAGACUCUGAUUCUCGCGUUCGUCAUCGGGCUUGUCUACCUCCGACUGCCCAUCCAUGCCGAUUACCUAUUCAAUUUCCGCGGAUUCGCGUUCGUUAGCAUUCAGAUGAUGCAUAUGCUGUUUGCCUCGCCGUGUGUUACGAUAUUCUGGAAGGAUUAUCCGGUUGUUGUGAGAGAAUAUCAGGCGAAUAUGUACUCGCCAAGUGCCUAUUUUUUAGCGAAGACCACUGCUGAUAGUAUUCAAUAUGUCACAAUGCCCCUCAUUUUCGUCUCAAUUCUUCUUAUUAUGACAGGACUCCCUUUCGAGAUCAAAGCAAUGAGUAUUUAUGUGGGAGUUUGUGUUCUAAUGUGCCUUAUUGCGUCGAGUUUGGCGCACGCGAUUGCCUCAACGAUAAGUGAUCUCUCGACGGCUCUCACUCUCGUCCCGAUUGUCAUUAUUCCGCUAAUGGUGUUUGGUGGUUUCAUGAUAUCCUAUGACGCGAUUCCGUUGUACUUUCUGCCAUUCGCGCUCAUUUCGUGGUAUAAAUAUGGGUUCGAGGCGAUCACUAUUGGAUAUUUCUCGACGAUUGACCGAAUUCCGGGGUGUGAAUUGCAGAAUAAGACGAAUAGCUGCUCGACGGGACUCAAGUAUAUUGAGGAUCAAGCGUUCGAUGUGAACAAUCUCUCGCUGGAUUUUAUUGUAAUUAUAACGACUAUGGCUCAAAUUGUUCGCCAGAGUAAAUUUCGGCAUGUGUUUUGCAAACCGGUGAAACAUGAGAAUUGCAUGAGCGAUAUUCGGGUUACUGAAAUCACAUGGGAUUCACUUUUUUGUGAUGUCAACCCGAAAUUCAUCGCAUUCAUCACUAAAGGAGCUGGAGGACCUUUCAUGGUCAUUCCGGUGAACAAGACCGGACGCAUUGAUAAGGAUCACCCAUUCGUUGAUGCUCACAAGGCUCCGUGUCUUGAAGUUGCUUGGAGUCCUUUCAAUGACAAUGUGAUUGCGUCGUGCUCUGAAGACACGACCGCCAAGGUUUGGGUGAUUCCUGAAAAGGGGUUGAUUCGCAAUUUGUCGGAGCCCGCUGUUGAGUUGUGCGGACAUCAGAAGAGGGUGAAUACGCUCGCGUGGCAUCCGACUGCAAAUAAUCUUCUUCUCACCGCUGGAGGCGAGAAUGUGAUGUUCCUGUGGAAUGUUGGAACUGGUGAAGCUCUCAUUGAAAUCGCCGGCCAUCCCGACCAAAUUUGGAGCAUCAACUUCAAUUUCGAUGGAAGCCAAUUUGUGACGACUUGCAAGGACAAAAAGAUUCGAAUUCUCGAUUCGCACACGGGAGAGGUCCUUCACGAGGGCGUCGGACAUGAAGGUGUCAAACCGCAGCGCGCAAUUUUCGUGAAAGAUGGCCUCGUAUUGACGACUGGAUUCACGAAACGAUCGGAGCGAUUGUACGCGUUGAGAGCGCCGGAAGAUUUGUCGACGCCGAUUGUUGAAGAGGAGCUUGACACAUCGAAUGGUGUGCUUUUUCCGUUCUACGAUGAAGACACCGGUCUUCUUUAUCUUGUUGGAAAAGGCGAUUGCGCGAUUCGAUACUACGAGGUUACCAAUGAAGCUCCGUUUGUGCAUUAUAUCAACACGUAUACAACUAGUGAGCCGCAAAGGGCUAUCGGUUUCCAGAGCAAGAGGGGAUUGUCGUCGGAGGAGAAUGAGAUUAACAGAAUUUACAAACUCACCACGAAAGGCGUCGUCGAUAUUCUGCAAUUUUUUGUUCCGCGCAAAUCGGACCUGUUCCAGUAUGAUUUAUAUCCGGACACUCGUUCAACGAUUCCGGCGAUGACCGCCGAGGAGUUCGCCGAGGGAAAGAACGCGCCGCCGAAUCGGCAGCCGGUCAAUCCUGCCGCCGCUGCAGCGUCGGCGAAGCCGAAAGUUGCCGUCGCCAAAAAGGCGAACAUUCUGAGCACAUUGGCGCCGACAGCAGCUGAAGCAGUUCAAACGCAAUCCUACGCUGAAAAACCGGCGUCGCAAGCGGCAUCGCCGAGAGCUGCGGCUUCACCGCGAGCCGCAGCGUCGCCGCGAGCCCGACCCGUCGUUGAUGAUGACAUGGGCAUCGUGGUGCCUAGUAGAGAACCUCAACCGUCUCCAGCGUCCAGUAGGCCGGCAUCGUCAAGAUCGACGCGUUCCGAGAUUCCGGCGAAAGAUGAGCCGAUAAUUGAUCCGAUGAAGCCGAAACAAGCUGUAACCUUGAGAUCCCGUGCCGAUCGCGAUGAAGCUGGAGGUUCGCAGACCGCCGGUCAACGGCGCGCCGCCGCGGAGCUCGAGAGAAUCAAACGGGAUCAGGCACGAACUGCUGAUGAUGACUCACUUAACGUUCCACCACCUUCCUCGAGGGCCUCGGCUUCCCCGCGGGGAAGUGUUUCCUCGGAAAUUGGGCAUGUUCCGACGAAUAUGGAUGAGCUUCUUGAUGAUUUGAUGAAGAUGAAAGCGAUUCUACGUCAGCACGAGCGGCGAAUUCGAAUGCUGGAAGAGGAAAUUGCCGAUAGAAACAUGAGCAACGCUUAUUCUUUCUAA